AUGUGUGCAGGUCAACACACGAGAGCCAGGUCUCUGGAGAAACACAGAGACAGGCUGUUUGACGUCGGCGCCUCUGGUCAACCCAUUACGUACCAAGAAGUCGCCGAGCAUGCCAGGACAAUCUCUGAAGCCUUGCAGGCUGCUGCGGCAUAUUUACACGUGACGGUGACGCCGCCGGCACUUCGAGGACAAGGUGCAAAAGGCGGUCCCAGGCACAUCUCCACUCCCUCCGAGGACUGUGCCGGCGCUGCGAGCGUCUUGGAGUGUCACGAAAAGCCUCUCAACCGAGCAACGAUCGGGUUAAUCGUGCCACCCAACAACGUGGCGAUUCUUGCCCAUCUGCUUGGGGUAUGGCAAUGCGGAGGCGUGGGGAUACUCCUUCCAUUCCCAGAUCCAGAAAGUUUACCAUUUGUGGCAGACAGCACAGCUGCUGCUACAGCUAGUGCAGCUAACGCUGCCGUAUUGUUCGGGAAAGGAGGAAAGACGCUUCACACGUACAGACCUGAUGCCCUAGUCCAAGGAAAUACUGGCCCGAGUGUUUACGGCAAAACCAUCAACCCAAACAGUCUUCCAUACUCAGCCUCGCAGAACGGUGCGCAUAACAGGAAUAAUUUAGAGAGAUGUGCUCAACUGUGGGAAUACCAGGCAGCGGAGAGUCAAUGCCGUCUCCUCGUCGUGGCACCGGAAGUUGCCCCGGUAGCUGGGGAAGUUGCUGCCAAGCUGUCGGUUCCAAUAUGCGUCCUUAGGACAUGCGUAGGGCGAGCUUACGACGACGCGAACGAUGCGGAAGGACCGCGGGAGGCUGAAGCUAAUUCUCAGGAACGCGGCUUGUGGCCAGUGAGGGGAAGGAAGAAAUUGGAGGCAAAGGCAUAUGUCCCUGAAGUCCUUCACGACUCGAGCCGAGCGAGCAACAACAUCGCACGGUGGCGACUCCUGGAGAGCACGGCGCACCAACGCACGGACAGUGCUGCCACUCCUUCCAAGACAAACGAAGAAAGCUUCACUGAGGUGGAUGCCCCUGCCACUCACUUCUUUCAAGGUUCAGCCGCCCAUGCUCCAAGAGCGGUUGUGUACUCCCACAAGGCUUUGUCCGACCAGGUUGUCAGGAACAGAGAGCUCCUUCAUUUAACUGCCGACGACCACGUCGUUAUCCUCCACCUCCCGUCAUCCGGACCCCCCCGUAAUGGCGCGGACAGCUCGGGCAGCAUGCGGAUGCUGUGCACUCCAAAGGGACUUGUUGCUGUCGCCCUGCCAGCUGUGGCGGCUGGCAGCGCUCUCUCCUUGCUUGCCUCUUCAGACAAGCUUCAGGACAGUUUUCUGCCUUUGCCGUUACAGCUGCAAGCACUGCAAGACCGAUUGCCGGAGGGUGAAAAGCUCCCUCCUCAGCCUGAGCAGCGUCAAGCCGUGCUGCCGAUAGGAUACGAUUCCACGGAAAAAGCUUCUACGCGCACGACGGCCCGGGGUCCUUGGCAUGUCAGUGAGAGGCAAGAAGGUUCGAAAGUCGAUGCCACUUGCGCAGACCCGAACGCACUAGAGGCCAACGCGUUACAGAUGUGGGAAAGAAUCGCUUGUUUGCACGAGAAGGGGCGUAACACCACCCGUUGCCGGAACCGCCAGGAUUCGAAGUGCGAAAAAGCACCGCUGGAUGCGUCGCGACAAGCCACCGUUCUCGCUAUGGAUGCUGCGACAGCGGCUACUAUGCUGAAAGUUUUUGAGACGGAGCGCCGAGGAGCAAGGAGUGAACGGGCGCACACCGCGGGAGUCAGCCACGCUUCCAGGUUUUCCACUGUCACGUCUAGAGAUCUUGCACGCUACAGAGCAGCGGCAAAGACGCUCCGGUUGAUAUGCAUAUGCACGGAUGAGGGAGAUCUAGGCGCUUCGUUCAGUAAUCGAUGGUCUUCAUGCAACCAGGGCGGAGUCAUUCGGAUCCAGCCUCUGCUCCGACGCUGGCAAGCUGUUGCUGGUCCAGACAGCAAAAUCCUUCACCUCUGCUCACUAACGGAGACGGGAUUGUUGAUGGUCGGUGGGCCGCUCUCGAAGGACAACCCGAGAUCCAGCGAGCGCGGAGAAAAAGCAGACUUCGGAGAGGUUUUGCAUGAUCAGCUAUCUCCGAACUGUAGGGAUUCCAACGCAGACAGUCUUGAGGCGACCGACUGGAUGGAGCGCGAGGAUUUUACCGGAUAUAUUGCACCUGGCGUCCAAGUGGAGAUCGACGAUGAAACGGACCAGCUACGAGUGCGGAGCGGCCAUAUGGCUACGGGCUUUCAUGGUAGGCCGCGGUCAACUCAAGAGUCGUUUGACUCUGGUGGCUUAUUCCGAUCGUCGUUUGGCGGAUCUCUGGUAACCAACCGCCCAGAAGACGCGGGCGACGGCUACGGUGAAAGAGGCUCGGCAGAGCAGCGUGUAGAGUUGUUCAAGUGCGUGUAUAGCGCAGCCGUGCCCCGAGUGCCUUUGCUGCAUCGCCUCAUUGCCAGCUUCAAGAACAGUCCGAAGAUGGAAAGUCACAUUGAGGGCUACAUAAAAAAGAAACCCAUCGCAGGAAGAGACUGGAACAAUUUGCAUGCACCACGAAAACACUGGAAGAAAAUGUUCUUGUGA